AUGCCCGGUGCAGAAUCUAUCAUCCAACUCAGGUGUAAAUGCAAGAAUGAUCCCUGGGGUAGAAAGGGCCACCACUCCCUGGCCGCCCGACUAGCGUCCAACACUCCCGGGACGGACUUUAAGAUUGACGAAAAUCAGUAUUACUCUGAGAUGUGGAUGGGAACGUAUCCCAGCGUGCUGUCCUACGUGCUCUCUACCGGGGAGCCGCUCGGGGAUUUUCUGAAGAAGAAUCCGGAUCUGCUUGGCAAGUCCGUUGUGGACAAGUUUGGGCCUGAUUUACCAUUCCUACCCAAGAUCCUUUCCAUGGACAAAGCCCUCCCGCUGCAGAUCCACCCCGAUCGAGAGCUGGCCAAGAAGCUGCACGAGAAAGACCCGCAGAAAUUCACCGACACCAACCACAAGCCCGAGAUUGCGGUGGCGCUGUCCAAGUUCGAGCUCUUCGCGGGAUGGAAGCCGCUGAACGACCUGACCCUGCUGUUCCAGCUGAAGCCGCUGCAGCGCUUCAUGCCUGGGCCGACCAAUUUCAACGACGAGACGCUCAAGCGCGUGGCCCAGAACCUGCUCGAGGCGCCCGACAAUGUCGUCGCGGAGACGGUGAACGCGCUCAUCGAGAUGCCCGAGUCGGCCUUUGGCAAGUACCCCUACAUCCCGAGCAUGCUGGAUCGGGUGCGGCGGCAGUACUCGGACGUUGACAACGGCAACCUCGUCGCGGUGGUGUGCAUGAACUACAUGACACUGAACCCGGGCGACUCGGUGUACGUGCCUGCGGACGGGAUCCACGCGUACCUGUCCGGGGACAUUGUCGAGUGCAUGGCGCGGUCGGACAACGUGCUCAACACGGGGUUCUGUCCGCGGGCGGAGCGCGACAACGUGGCGCUGUUCACCGAGGCGCUGAGUUUCUGGCCGCACGCCCCGGACGAGGCGCUGCUGGGCCGACACCCGAGCGACAAGGCGGAGAAGGGCAAGACGGUCGAGUACGCGCCGCCCAUCAGCGAGUUCCACGUGCUGGCCACACAUCUGGGCGCGGAGGAGAAGGAGGUCAUCAAGCCGAUCAACGGGCCCAGCAUCAUGGUCGUCACGAGCGGCGACGGCCGCAUGCACGCGGGCGGCAAGACGAUCGAGCUGAAGGAGGGCUAUGUGUUUUUUGUCGGGCAGGGCGUGGGCAUCGAGUUUGAGUCGCCUGUCAAUGGCAUGGCGAUUUAUCGGGCAGAUGAAUUUGUCAGCUGUAGAGAAAAUGAAGUCUUCAUGCCUGUUCAGUUUACUUGA